UGCAGAGAAGUCGUGUGUUGCUGAUAUGUUAGGACAGUCUGGUAAUAAACAGUAAACACAAAUGCUUGAGAAUGAGUGACAUAUGUCUCGCCUCUCUAGUUGUUUAUAACACUUCAUAUGGAACUAAGGAAGGGGAAGAAGAAAAGAAAUUGCUGUUUUAUCAUCCUAAAACUGAAACCAGAGACAAAAAAGUAAACAAUGUUGGGCUUUUUGAGGCUUUAGUUCAAUUUACUAGAAGUUUUGCUCCCAACUCAGAAUGUGAGACUCUGCGGACAAAGUUUCAUCAGCAUGUGUUUUUACAUGCAGAGGAAAACUUCUGGCUGGUAAUGAAAGUAGCAAAUAGAACUUCAAAAGCACAACAUAAUGAAUUUAUUGCCUAUGAGGAUGAAAUGGUGGACACUGUGUAUCAUGAGGUUUUGAAAAACUUGUACGAAACCUUUCGCUUCUUACACGGCACUUUCACAGCCAUAGUUGGAAAUCAUGGGGUGGAAUUCCUAAGAGAAGAGUUAGACCAUUGCUUUGGGCAACUGAUGAAAACUAACUUGUCAAAAUGUGACAUCAUGUCUGUAUAUAAUGGUGUCUCAUACCUCAAUCUUGACAAAGCAUCCUAUAUCGGAUUUCAGUCUUUUAUAUUUACACUUCAAGACAAGUUUAAAGACGUUGAAUCUUCAUUGUUAAUGUUCAAUGAUGCUGUUAUUUUGAGUGGGCUAGAUGAAACCGACACCAAAGUCAUCGUAAAAUACCUCAAAAGCAAGUUAAAGUUAUGCCUGGCGUAUCCAAAUAGACUCCACAUCUCAAUAAGUGGUAUUUCAACGUAUAUGUUGACGUAUGGACACAUGGUGACUUCAUUGUUUACAAGCAAACACACCAAACAGACAAGAAGGGCUUUCAUAAAUUUUGAUGCCCCAAACUCUAUGCAACAGGUUGAAGUUAUAUUAUACCAAUACCAAAGCAUAACUGCUUGCUUAUUCCUUAACAAACCAUCUAUACCACUUGUGGAUUUAGCAAAGCAGCUUGAUGCCUUUAUGGGCCCUCAGUUAAAAACAUUAACAGCUUCAAUUGUUGAUCAACAAAAGAACAAUUAUGACAUCACUGAGCCAAAUUUAAAGCAUGUUUAUCACAACCGAUGUAGUUUGUCUGUUGAUUCAACCUGCCAUGUAACUUCACACAGCGGGGAAGUAUCAUGUGUAAUACCAACAGAUGUUAUGCAAGUUGUAUGCGACAUUAACCGGACUUUCAGUCGCUCAAAAUGUGAAGAACACGAAGUAAUAAACAAAGUUCAUAAUGACCACUGGGUGGCAUCAAAGAGGACAAACGGACGGGAACUACAUGUAGUCGUGAAUCAUAAAAACGCAAACUUAAGCGCUGUUACUGAGGAAAUUAAAAAAGUGUCGUGUCACUUUAAUGGAAUCAAUUUUGCUGAGUAAUAACUACAUCUCUAUGACGCACAAUCAGCAUUAUCUAAUAAUUGUUAGCACUUUGGUAUUCUAUUCUAUGCGGGUGAGGUCCUUGUUGAAGACCUGGGAUUUAAGCCAGAUUUGGCCCAAUAGCACUUUGGUAAUUUUUCCCAAUAUUUUUACUUCUAUGUUGCAGAAGGUAUAAACAAAUCAAGGGCAAAUAGUGAUUUAUAAGAGUUACAGUUCUAAUACCGUAUUGGGUAAAAUCACUGUACUAAAUUUUUUCCUAGAAAAUGGUCUGCAAUAAAAUGGAUACGUAUGCCAAAUAUAUGUUUUGUUUGUUUUUACUACUUUCUCAUAUGUACUAGUAAUAAUUUUGGUAUAGAUUUAUUUUCGUAAUCUUUUAUUGCACAAAGUUCCAUGUUAUACAAAUUAUUAGGUAAUUUCAUUCUUAAAUUUAAAUAUACUUAUUCGCCUUUUAUUACAAUUCAUACUAUAUGUCCAGCAAUUUUUUUUUUUUUUUCGAAGAACUUAUCUCCUGGCAUAAAAAUGAAAAAUGACUUUAAUAAAAACAAUGUAUUUUCUGCCAUUUGGUUAGACAGGGUUAGGUUUUUGAUUUGCCGAAAGAUUAGUUUUCGAACAAUAUUGAAUUAUAUGCGAUAUAGUUUAAUAGUAACAUCAGAAAAAUAUAUAUUUUAAUGUUCUUUUAUGCGAUUGCGACCUUAUUUAACCAUUUUCUCCAAUAUUA